AUGGGCCACGGUAUUGCUAGACUGUUUUAUUUUAAUAAGGAUGGUCUUUUCCUAAUCAAAGCCAUCAAUGAAGUGGAUGAUGCCAGCAAGCAAACCACCUGUAUAAAGAUGGAGAUCUCUCAAGGAGGGGACUUCGCAGCCUUCCUCCUACAAGGAGCUGGAGAUAUUUGGCUGGAUGUGUAUAAAUUGCCCAAGGAGUCUUGGCUCAAGGAAGUGGAGCACCCCCAACCUGCUAUAAAUCCAAAGAAAAAAGUCAGACAGCCUCAACCGAAUACUCUUGAACCUGUGACUUCAGAGAAUUUAGAAAUGGAUAUGAACGUUUGUUUUAGAGGAGACAUUAAGCUGAGUCUUCCAGUUCACAUAAUGAAGAUCAAACCACCCAAACCAAUUACAGGUACCACAUUUAAAAGCCCCCUGGAAGUGUUCGCAAAGGUAGAGGACUAUUACGGGCUGGGCUCGGGGCAGAACCACUUCAUCAAGGACAGUCAGUGGGAGCAGCUGGCGGCCAUCUUCCUGGCACCACACGAGAAGUACCUGGACAAGGAGUGGGAAGAGGAGCCACCCAGCAUGGCCACGUUCCAUUUCCUCCUUCCCAGCAGCAUAAUUACAAUGCCAAUGGAAGUCAAGGGCCCCUCAGGGGUAGCCUGUGUCCUUGGCAUACACUGGGCUGGAAGUCACAACUUCUUCCUCUAUUCGCUUCACCGAACUCUGAAGGAUAAAGUCGACCCGGAGGGCGUCUGGCCCUGUGCUGCACCCAUUGCGGUCUCCCAGCUCAGCUACACCUGCACCUACCUAGUGCUGGCCUGUGAGGAUGGCGUGCUCACGCUGUGGGACCUGGCCGAAGGUUUCCCUCUUGGGGUCAUCGCUCUUCCCAAGGGAUGUUCCUGCCAGAGCAUUCACUUCCUGAAGUACUUCUUAGUCCACAAAGGACAGAACAUGUACCCUGAGAGUCCCUUGAAAUCCCAAAUGAAAUGUGUGGUGCUGUGCACAGAUUCUUCUCUCUAUCUGGUGACAGCCAAAAGGACCCAAGGACCCACCAUCAGCGUGCUUGUUGAGAGGCCUAUAAAGCACCUGGAUGAGGCCAUCUGUGCAGUGGCCCCGGUCCUAGCCUUACCCGGCAUGUUGCUGAUCUUCGGCAAGAAUGGCUCUGUACAGCUCAUGGAUGUGGCCAAGCCUCAGAUCAUCUGUGCCUUUGCUCUACCCAGAACCUACCAUCUGGCGGUCCCCUGGAAGCCCUUGUUUGCCGUGUCUGUUCAACACCCGUGUUUCCUGCUCCGAGGAGACCACCCAGAUGAAAUUGAAUCCGACGACACCAAGAACAUCCAGAAUUCUGUUUUCUAUUUUAAUCUCGAGGCCUACCCACUCCUGGAACACAUCUCAAGAAAUCACACCAUUCCUGAAACUGACAUGACAGAGAACAUGGCCUUUGCCCAGGUGCUGCCCUUGGAGAAAAGAUGCGAGAGUUUCCUCCAGAAGAGGUUCCAGAAGAUGGAGAAGAAGGUGAAAGAGCAGGAGCACUGGACCCGCCUUCGCAGAUAUUCCUUGCUUCUCCAAAGAGAGAACUUCAGGAAGUGACUGGGCUGUUGCCCUGGGCUCUGUGAAAAGGCUGACCGCAGGCCCGCUUCACCCCAGGGUGCCCCAAUGGCAAGAGACGCGGUGACAAAGGGCUGCAGCUCAGUAGGCCCAGGGGCCUGCUGGACUGGCCGUCUGGGACCUCAGCAAGGCGGAGGUAUGAUCUGGGGAGCCUUCAACCUUCAGCCGUUUGUCAGAGCCCUCAGAUGGGCAGAUGUGUCACCCCGAUAAACAGCGAUACUGUUUCCA